CUCUUCCAUUUAAAAAAUGGCCGUUUGUGUUUUGUUUUAGUUUCACGUUUGAAUUUUCUUUAAAGUUUUUAUUUUAAAAUAAUUAGUUUUGAUGCAACAGAUUACGUUAACCGGGCCUAAACAGUAGUGCAACCUUAAGGACUGUGUUAUUAAGUUGUAUAUAUCCUUGAUUAAUUAAAAAUGCCACGGACAAAAAGGCCAGUAAGGAAACAGGAAAAAACCGCUGAAGACGACGAUGCCUUGAAAAAACUGAACAAAUUGGUCACAGACCAGAAGAAUAAGAUAGAUUCCCGCGCUCACAUGGAGCUGCGGAAUGUGGAGCUUGCCUUUAAGAUACUUCUUGGAUCUAUCAGCAAUGUAUACCUGCAGAAAACUGUCGGACAGUUGGGCGUAGCUCUUAGCCAUCUAGCCAGAAGGCAGUGGCGUAACUACGGGGUGAAAUCAGAAUUACACCUAAAAGAAGUUCCAACAAACACAAGAAGGACUCGUCAUUCUAGCCGCUCUGCUUCACAUGAUGAUGGGUAUCUGACGGAGAACUCGUCGCAGGGCUCCGGCGGCCGCAGCAAGAGGCAAAUACCGGUCCCCACAACAGUAGGUAGAUCAACGACAGGUCGGUCGACGGCGACCGCGCGUCGCUCCCGCUCGGCCGACGCGUCGUGUCGCAAGCUGCCGCCGCCCACCGCCAACAAGACUGUACAGCGACGUCGCUCGCGGUCCGUCUACCGCACGCCCGCUUAUAAUAAGAAUGCUGCCGUCAACUAUCCUGCUAUUACGCCAAAGGUGACCCCUCAAACUCCUCUGACAGUGCUGCGUCAGCCGCGACAGGGAGAGAUGGUGGUGUCCAUGUCUGGCUCGCCCGUCAUGGUGCCCACUUGUUACACAAUGAAACCCGACGAGAUGGCGAACUGCAACAUCCUCCUACAGGACGGCACGAUGCUCUCCCUCCAGCCCAAACAGUUGCGCCAGUCACAAGCAUACAUUCCAUUCUCUCUAAUGGACUCCAAUGUACUCAACCAACUGAAAACACUCAAAGACAACCUUGACAAAGUGGUCAAACUUGGAGAAAAGGCUAUUAAAUAAGGUUACCCAACCAUUGGGAAAAUUCUCAUUACCUAGGAACAUGAUUGCCCAAUGCCCAGGAGUUGGGAAAAUUCCCAUUGUUACCUACAGUACUCGGUUAUGAUUAUUGCACAUUGACUUUUAGAGCAGACGAUUUUGUCUGAUAUUAGACUCGAAC